GCCUCACAACUUGACCAACUCGAGCAGAAUGUGUGCAUAUUUAACGGAUUUCGUCCUCUUGGUAUGCAUCGGGGUAGCGUCUUGUCAGUCGUAUGGAUACGACCCCUACGGAAUAAAUUCCCAACCCUACCCCUACGCGCCGGCCCAGAAUUAUAAUCCUUUAUUGGCGGUUUUGAAUCAACCGUACAGGCUGCCGCAAGGAUACAACCCCGGACCGCCAUCUUGGCCUUAUCGGUAUGGUUAUCCGGCACAAAACAUGGCCCCGAGUAACGUCCGAGCCGAGAUAAUAGACGUAUCGCCGGAGUACCAGCGUCAAGUGCUAGGUUUACCCGAUCGUGGCGAUUCUUUUUACGCAAGACACUCUCAGCCUAGACGUUACAAAGUCAGCAUUAAUUCCGACACUAAGAACUUCACCAGCGUGCCGACGAACAUAUCCAAGACUUACGUAGACGAGAAAGUUUACAACAGCACCAUCAGCAGGACGAUAGUUCACGAUCCUAGCAGGAAAAUCGAACCCAUCCGCAUACAAAUAGUCAACGGAGUCGAGGUAACUACAGAGAUAAACUACGGAAGCGACAGGGAAAAUUCUACCGGAAAAGAAGUUACGCCCAAAGGCAGGAGGUUUAUGGACGUCCCAUCGUCAUGCCCGAAGGGCACCGUACGUACCCACAAAGGAACUUGCCUGGAACCGUUCUCCCUACGCGAGUUUAAUGCUACCUCGACCAAGGACACCACCGGUUGAAAACAAACAGAUUCCUCCAGCGUCGGUGAAAGGAUUUUUUUUUGUUUCUCCUGUGUUUCGUGAGUCAGUGGAUCCGGACCAAAGAUGUUAAAUUUUUAUAUUUAUUAUUAAUGAAAUUUUUUCCAAGAAUUACAUUUUAAAAUAAGCAUUCAAUAGUUAUUAUUUUCAAUAUUUUAUAUACAAGCACACACACCCCAAGCACAACCCAACCGCGCAAGCACAGACCCACAACAUGGCACAGACAACUAAAUGUAAGCUCUCUCUUAACAAAGGGGCCCUUACGAAACGAAAUGCAACAAGCGGUUGUGGCGGAAGCUGCAAUAAAUUUCUUCUUCUUCGAUUUAACUUAAACGUCUAACUCAUUCCUUUAUCCGUGGGUACGCCGCGCACAG